UAAACAAACUGCACCGGGCUGACCCGUUCCGCCAAAGGAAACAAGCUUCCUUGAUUCUGCCCCUGCUAGUGGGUGCCAGACCGUCCACGAGAGUACUGAGUACAAGAGCGAAGGAACAUUGUAGGAAUUGGUGAUAUAAAGGCAAUACACGCUCACAACGUUACGGGGAGUGAGGAAGUGGUGAUAAGAUGAGUUAAUCUAACCUGGUGGGCUUCCCGGUGUCAUGUUCCCAGCUGUCCCUUGUAUUUAGGUUCCACAGCCACAGCCCCUCAAUCAGCAUGGUAAACGAGACCCAUUGCAGGGCAACCAGCACACUGCUGAUGCGUCAGCCCCAAUAGUAAACUAACUCAACCUAUUUGUGCCAGCUGGAUAGUGCAUUAUAUGAGCAGUCAGAUUACAUUUACAAAUAAAUAAAUGAAUGAUGACAAAGAGUGUUGCAGUGCUUGGGGGUGGCAUUGGGGGCCUGGCUGCCGCGCACUAUCUCGGCCGGUUUGGGUGUUGCUCCAGGGUGGUGGUGGUGGAGGGCACGCACAGGCUGGGUGGCUGGGUCAGCUCCACCACACACCAUGACCAGGUGGUGUUUGAACAUGGGCCGCGCACCCUCAGAGUGGUUGGGAAUGCUGGAAUGAACACGCUUGCCUUGGCAGAAGAGUUAGGUCUGGCAGAUCAAGUGAGAGGCAUUUCCUACGGUCAUCCAUCAGCAAAAAACAGAAUGUUAAUGGUUGGUGGGAAGCUGCACAAACUUCCGAACAGUGUGAAGGCACUAUUUACCAAGAGUCCACCAUUCUCAAAGCCCUUGGCACUCAGUGGUGUUCGGGACCUGAUGGCUCCUAAGGUUGUCAAUAAUGAUGAAAGCCUCUUCAGCUUUGUAAAUCGUCGGUUUGGCCAUGAAGCUGCAAAGUAUGGCAUUGACCCUAUGUCUAGAGGAAUUUUUGCAGGAAAUGCCAGAGAAUUAAGUGUUAAUUGUAUUGCAAGAAGAUUGCGUGAUGUGGAACAGAAACACGGAUCAGUUUUUCUUGGAAUGUUUAAAGAUAGAAAAAAUGCAGUAAAACCAGACAAAAAAUUGAGCUCAAAUGAACUGGUGAAGAGAGCAAAGAGAGAAAAGUGGGUUGUUUGGUCAGUGGCUGGUGGACUUGAGAACUUUGUGAAGGCUCUUGAGAACAACGUCCUUGAAAACAAUACUGAAAUAUGGAAAAACAUGCCUGUAAAGGGAAUGUUGAAAAGUGGAGGCAAGUUUGUCAUUCAGACAGAAGAGAAAGAACUAGAGGUUGAUAAUGUCAUUUCCUGUCUUCCAUCCAAUAUUAUGAGUAAUGUGAUACAGCCAGUAAGUCCCAAGCUGAGCACUCUUCUGUCUUCCAUACCAUAUGUUACUGUUGGCAUUGUGAACCUGGAGUACCCUGGCCAGCUGAUUGAAGAGCCAGGCUUUGGUUACCUGGUCCCUUCCUCCGAGCCCAAUCGCGUUCUAGGUGUGAUAUAUGACACUUGCACGUUCCCCCAGGGAGACCGAACCAUACUGACAGUGAUGAUGGGAGGCUACUGGUUCAAGGAACUGUUUGGGGAUGAUCCAUCUCUGGAAUCACUCUUAGAUGAGGCGCUCACUGAAGUCCGUCAGUCUCUCAAGAUCAAGGUCAAGCCAACACGCUACCAUGUUAGGAUCUUAAGGGACUGCAUUGCCCAGUAUGUCGUCGGCCACUCAGAGACAGUCGACAGUGCUCGCAAGCUGAUCUCAGACAUGGAACUUCCUUUGGCCUUGGCGGGAAGCUCCUAUGAUGGGGUUGGAGUUAACGAUGUAAUAAUGAGUGCCAAGAAUGCUGCGUCAGGUGUGUAGUGGUGAUAGGUGUUGAGGGAUGUGUGUGGCUGUGAGGGGAAUUAUCACCACUUGUUAAUCUGUGAUAUAAGUAAGUCAUAUGGUGCAACUUUUCAAGAAAUGCCAUUUAAUGAGUGGAGAAGUCUUACUCUUUAAAAUUUAUCUUGUUAUUCUUUGUAUCAAUUUGGUGGUCACAUCAUAUUAUAGUAUCAAGACAGUGAAGGUUGGCCAGCAUCCACCUGGUCCCUGGUGGUGCUGGUGGCCCCGCUGGUGGUGUGGGGUGCUGUGCCUGCUCCGCUAUGGGUGCAGACUCCAGCCUCUCCCUGUCAUGGCUGACUUAUGUAAAUUUUUCAAUCUUUCAGAAGACUUUACAAUAUGAAAUGCAUAAAUCUAUGUAUUUUUUCUAUAAUAUUAUUGGGUAUUGUAUACACAUGUAUAUAUAGGUUGCAAAAUUUGCGAGUAUUGUAUUUAUACAUAGUGUGUGUUCACUUAGCCAUUUAUUUAUAUAAAUAUGGAGCAUCAAGAAUAUUGAUUAUAGUUAUCCAAUAAUUGUUGCAUGCCUUAUCCAUUUCAUGCUCUUUUUUUAAGUAUGUUGAAUAUUUAUGAACAUAUCUUUGUUAGUUUCUUGAUUUCCAGAUGCCUCAGGGAAGUACAAUAGUCUUUGUCAGCCUGCUGUACUCAUUGGCCCCAUCAUAAAGUAUUGUAGGGACCAGUGAUCCUAACAUUUUUGUAUUUUUAAAGUAAAUACUGCUUAAAAUAGUACCACUGCUGGUGGACAUGACCUACAUAAGCUGCUCUCACUGUUGACCAGCCACAUCCGGUGCAGACAACACUGCCUUGCUGCUGGCCACCUCACCUUCAGGAUACCUGAAGGCUGGUGUGGAGGUAUACAAGGAUCCCAAAAUAUGGACUGACCCUGACCAACCUAUAAUUGAUCUGCCAUCACUUACUAAUCAGCAAUUGACCCCUGUUUGACCCUCAUCCACUUAUUAACCCCUUGGAUUGAAUACUGAACAACAUGAAUUUGUAGAAAGUAUAGCAGUGCCAGAAUAUUUGUCAGCAUCAUCACCAUAUUUGUGACACUAAACAGUAUUAUGCAUUGUAUUAUUCUUUGACUUAGGAUCUGAAAAUGAAAGAUGUACAAGAGUAAUUUAUUCAUAUUUAUUUAGAAGUAUAUGUAGUAUUUACAACAAUCACAAGGCCAUCCCAACAAAGCCACACUAGAAUGACAAUGUACACCAACAUUAUCUUACAACAUAUAUUACAGUAUUCAGUACCCUGAUGGCAAGACUUCAAUAUGUUCAGGACCUUAGAGUAAAUAAUUCCGGUAUGUGUAGUGACUAAAUAAGGACUAGUUUACUAUCACACUGCAGUCUCACAACUGGAGCAAGGUGUGCCCUAAGCCUUGGCUAGCAGCUUGCUCUUCAUGGCACCACAGCACAGCCCCUGGUCUUGUAUGGUAAUAUCUCCACAUUUUCAUAUGAGGUAAAACCUCUAAAUGCCUAUAUGCUAAUUAAAACUAGCAUAAACACAAGUUUCCAAACAAGCUUCCAAGUUUUUAAAAUAAUAUACUGUUAUGAUGAAAAUUAAUAAUGCUGAUCCUCAACUUAAUGUCAAGUGUGGAACAGAGCUUAUGUUGAUGAUGAAAUUCAAUUACUGAGGAAACAGUACUGUACUGGACUGGAGAUUACUGAACACUACCAGACAGACCCGGGACAUCAGUGUCGUGGUGACCGUAAAUCAGCAGCUCGCUCCAUAAAUCAAUCUUACUCACACAAAUAUAGGCACAUAUAUGCAGACCAAUUGCUCUCAUUUUGGCUCCAACGUAACAAGGAGGUAAUGAUCUACGAGCAUGCAAAAUUCAGCAACUGACCUGAUUUACUCUGUUCACGGAGCACACACUUUCUCACUAUUGUUCACUUGCAGAACAAAACAGUUCUCCAAGUGAGGUCCUACAGCUGAUCAAAUUUUGAGUAAAAUCUUAUCUUUGGUAAUAAAUUUGCAAAAUGGAGUUUUUGACACUAAGUGACAGACAUGACUCUAAAUAAGCAACAAACAUUGUUAAUGUUACAUAGACUAUGAUGAACUUCAAUACAUUUGAAAACAGCUUUCUUCAUACAGAGGUCCCCAUAAUUACAUAAAUCAAUAACAAACUAGCACCAGGCCAUACGGCACUAAAUAAUCAUCGUGAGGUUGGCAGUGUCAGUGAAACUGUUAAGAUUUUGAGGUCCAGCUAGCUCACGACAUUCCGCUACUUGUGUCAAUAUGAGGCUGGGGAUCGAAUAAAUAUUCAUGGCAAAGUCUGGAUUCUGUGAGGAAUAGAUGAUAUUUAGUUCUGGGAUAAGACAGGAAAGGCACACUUAGGGGCAGCAGCAUGAAUGGGAACCCAUGUAAAGUAGGAUAAACUUAUAUUAGGAACUGAUCUUACAGGUAGUGGACAGAGGUAUGGCCUUUCACAGUGUGUGUGGCGAGGCCACAGCAGCAGCUGGUUGCAAAGGUUCACGGACUAUGAAAUGCACUGCAAAGAUGGGAACUGUCACAUUUUAUCCCUGCUAGAUAUAAAGAGAACUGUGAAGAUGGAACUUGUGAGUGUGAAUGGCAAUUGUACUGUAUACCCUGGCAGAAUGAAGACAACUGAAUUCACAAUAUUACGUAUGCAUGUCUGCAGUAUAGCAAUGUGGUAUUGUGUUAGUCUGGCAGUUGCGGAAAGUGCCAUUGCUUUUGUACUGCAUCACGGCCUUUCCCCCAACACUAUGGAGACCUCUGUAGCUGAAAAGUUUGAGAAUAUUUACAUAAUUGUAGUUUUAGUUAUUGGCCCCAGGAAAUUAAAGAUAAGCUUUACUGUUCUGUGCACAGGUAUGGAAUGUAAUGCCAGCACACUCAAGCUUACUGAAGGUUUAGGUGGAUGUUUUAUAUAUUCAUUUUCCUUUCUGAGACACGGGACUCAGCAAAUGCACCAACAUUUCCUUCCACAACUGUAUCUAAUGAUGUUACAAAACACAGACUUCUCCAUUUUGUUCAUUACCAGAAAAUAAGAUUUUACGGUCGUUUUAAACAUUUUGUGGCUAGAUAAUGAAGUGAAUAUUUGUUCCUUAAUGUCAUCCUUCAUAGUUUCAAAAGUUAAAUUUACUAAUAAAUACUACAUGAAUAAUGAAAGAAUGUAUUCUAUUUAGUCAAUAUUGAUAUACAUGUUGAAAGCUAAAAAGUCAUAUAAAAAUGGAUGAAUACAAGUUUGCAAAAGAAAUGUUAACACAGAAAUCUAUGGCUGAAAAACAAUAAAUAUUUAAAUGAAGCUGCA